GGUUCAUUGAAUGAAUAGGUUACUGACAACUCCUUCCGAGAUGAUGGCUACCUGUUUCUGCGGAGCGGAGUACUGGAUUUGGAGGCAGUGCCAAAGAAAUGGAAUUCGAUCUUGACUAUAAGCCUGUGUGACCUUUGGGGCAUUAACUUCUGGGAGCCUCAGUUUCCUCCUGUGUAGAAUAUGAAGAUGGGAACAGCGGAUGGCUAAGCUCACGUCAGCUCUACAUCUAGAGAUAACCUUUCAGGGUUUUCUUGUUUCCUCGUUUAUAGAAGGAGAGCUUUGGGCAUCACUCCCUUUCCAACUCCUGACUAGUGACUCAGUAACCAGAUGAUCAGGAAUUUGCAAACUCUCCUCCGAAGGCUGUGCUAGGACAAAGGGGCCACCAGCCCUACUCAGAUUAGUCGGGUUUGCACGCGUCCAGGCAGCAAAUCGCUCUCCCGGAAUCAAGGCGUCAGCAUCGGGGGCGCGCCUCCCGCUCGAGUCCGAGAGAGGCUGAGAGCCGAGCGCGGGCCUACGAAGGGCUGCCCAAAGAACCCGCCUCCCUUCGCCUGACGUGACUGAGCCCGCGCGGCAGAGCGCUUUCCCUGGCCCUCUGGCGCCAUCUGCAGGUCCCAGCUCCUCGUCACCGCAGGCCGACUGCCUGGAGCGCGUCAUGGAGAGGAAAGUGGCGGUUGGUGGCUCAGAGGAGGCUGCGUCGGUGGGGUCUGGUGCCGGGGCGCCGGAGCCCCUUAGGCCGUGGGAGACGGUCAGGGAAAGCGAAAGCACCGUGGAGUCAGCUUCGACGACACUCUCCCUCCCAGACCCAGGGAAUGGCGGCGACAGCGCAGAUGGGCUCUGGGAGCUGCCGGUAGAGCACGCCCUGAGGAGGCCGGAGUGCAACCGCUGCAGCCGUCCCCAGAAGGUCUGUUUAUGUCCAUUUCUGCCAGCACAUCGUCUAAAUAUUUCUACAAACCUCUAUAUAAUCCAGCAUCCAGCAGAGGAAAACAAAGUAUUGCGGACAGUACCUCUGCUUGCUGCCUGCCUUCCUCAGGACAAGGUUAAGGUCAAGAUUGGUCGACGCUUCAAUGAGGAAAGAGAUCCUGAACUUUCAGCUAUUUGCCGAAAUCCUAGCACUUUAAUUUUAUAUCCUGGUGCUGAAGCAAUUAAUUUGGAAGAAUUGGUAUCAAAUUCUCCUAAUAAUCUUUCCACUAUUAUCAUCAUUGAUGGGACAUGGAGCCAGGCUAAAGAUAUUUUCUACAAGAAUUCCCUGUUCCGACUUCCUAGACAGGUACAAUUAAAAACCAGUGUUUCUAGUCAAUAUGUGAUUCGGACACAACCAACCAAUAGGUGCCUCUCUACACUAGAAUGCGCAGCUGUUGCACUUGCCAUCUUGGAGAAAAAUGAUCACAUUCAAGAGACAUUGCUUCGUCCUCUUCAAGCUUUGUGUUCUUUCCAGCUUCAGCAUGGUGCUCAGAUUCGGCUCAGCAAGGAACACCUCUUGAAAAAUGGUCUCUAUCCUAAGCCCAUGCCAAAGAAUAAACGCAAACUAAGGAAAAUGGAGCUCCUAAUGAAUAGUGUUAAAAUUUAGGGAAAUUAGCCUUGUUGUUUUCAGUAUACCUAUUCAAUUGCAAUUACAAUACCAAACUCAUUUUUAAGUCUACUGAGAGCGCCGUGAGUUACUGACUGACUCAACAAAAGAACCAAGAGAAAUAAAAACAAAGUCUUGCCCAGAGUAGGGAAAUGAAACAAAGAGUUCUUUUUUUUAAAAGGAAAAUUAUAACAAAAUUAAAAGAUAUGAAUUUAUUCUUCAAAAAUAUCUAGUAAUUUUGCAACUCUUGUAAUGAAAUUAUAACAGAAUAAGGAAAACUCAUUUUCCUGCUAAACUUGAACACCAUAGUGGUCUUUAAGUACUUUCUUAAUGAAAAAAAUAUAAUUUCGUAUUUUAGGGGUUGCAUAUAAUUUUGAAAACUAAUGUAUAUUUUAGUUGUAGUCAUUGCCAUUGAGAGAGUUUCUGUUUUUCAUAGUUCUUGUAUGGAUUUGUUGAUUGACAAUAAGCCUUGUUUUGUUGAAAUUUUCAUAAGUAACAAAAGUAGAAUAAAAACAAAGUACUGCCUGUGCUAUUUUUAUGAAAUAACAUGACUAUCACUAGGAUGAAUGAAAAACAGCUUAUUGCUACUCCAGAUUUCCAGUGUCUUUCAAAGAAUUAUCUUUUGUAAAGAGAGGGAAAUUGCUAUGCCUAACUAGGACAAUAUUGUUUAGAUAAUAUAUGAUAUUUGGUGAAGAUUCUGCAAUAGAGCAGGCCUGCAUCAAUUUUCUGGUUUUCCACAGGAACUUUAUAGGUUGGUCAGUAGCUAAAACAAACAAACAAAAUCAAGUAACUUACAGCAUACUAAAACCUGGGCAUUUUUAUUUUAGUAAAAAUUAUAACAGAAUAAGGAAAACUCAUUUCCCUGCUAAACUUGAACACAAUAGUGGUCUUUAAGUACUUUCUUAAUGAAAAAAAUUAUAAUUUCGUAUUUUAGGGGUUGCAUAUAAUUUUGAAAACUAAUGUAUAUUUUUAGUUGUAGUCAUUGCCAUUGAGAGAGUUUCUGUUUUUCAUGGUUCUUGUACAGAUUUGUUGAUUGACAAUAAGCCUUGUUUUGUUGAAAUUUUCAUAAGUAACAAAAGUAGAAUAAAAACAAAGUACUGCCUGUGCUAUUUUUAUGGAAUAACAUGACUAUCACUAGGAUCAUUGAAAUACAAGGGUAUCAGAAUUUUAAAAAUCUAAGAGAAAACUCUCAAUGUAAAAAGAAGUAAAUUCUACCACUUUGGGAAACAUUUAUGAAGUUUUACCAUGUUGGAACUACAUGUUUUGUGAAUUAAAGAUAUCCCUUAUGUUAAAAUAAGCCAUUAGAAGAAAUGUUUAUGUGCAUCUUUAUAUUUAACUUAAAUCAUAAAGUGGAGGUAUGUGAAUUUUGACAAUAAAAUAACAUUGCGUUUCCUUAUUUUUGCAAGUUACAAAUAAGCUUGAUGGUCAGUGCUUGAGUCCAUAAAAUUGCUUUGCUAUUUGUAGAUUUUCCAAUAGCCCUUCCUUUAAAUGGCCAUUUAAAUUAAUAGAACUCUAGGAUGAUAUUCUUUAUUAUAAAAGCAUACAAAAUGUAAAGUAUAUGAAAUAUAUUUUAUUGACAUUCAUGUAUUUGAAGGGUUUGUUUUGGCAUAUCUAUUACUUUAUUUUUAAUUACCUUUUCUGUAUCACAUCAUUGUCAUCAUUUGUUAUUGAAUAUUUAUAGUCAUAUUUUGAUAUGCCAUCAUAGAAAAAAAUGGAAUAGAUUUAUGCUUUCUGAAGAUUACUGUAUUAUUUUACUUGGUUUCUGAUAACAUACUAAAGGGUUACAAAUCUUUACAUUAUUAAAAAAAAAUGCUAGAGAAGAUGGACUUAUCCACUAUAGAACUUUCUGGGAAUUGUUAAAUGAAUUAAAAUGUUUAAGUAAUUUA